AUGAGGGAGGAAGAAUCCGGUGUUGCCAAUUUCGGUCUUCCCGAGGAAGUACUGGAAGUUCUACCGUCAGAUCCAUUCGAGCAGCUCGAUGUGGCUCGGAAAAUUACCUCCAUUGCUCUCUCGACGCGUGUUUCUGCUCUUGAAUCCGAAUCCUCCGCUCUCCAGUCGCAAAUUUCCGAGAAGGAUGCUCUCAUAGCAGAGCUGCAAUCGCAGAUCGAAUCUCUCGACGCCGCUUUAUCCGAGAAAUCCGAAAUUCUCGCCCGCGCCGAGCAAGAAAAGGAGACGUUGUUACAAGAGAACGCGUCGCUUUCUAACACCGUGAAGAAACUCACUCGAGAUGUCUCGAAGCUGGAGGUCUUCAGAAAGACGCUUAUGCAGUCGCUACACGAGGACGAGAAUUCUACAGCCACAGGAGGUUCAGAGGCUGCCGUUAAAAUAGAGAGUCAGGAAAGUUUGCCCUCUGCCUCGGUUGUUGAAGAUGAUCUGACAUUGCCACCAUCUAAAUACUCAUCGGUCCAGAGCAACACUUCUGAAACAGUGAAUUCUGUAAAAGAAGAGCAUGAGGCAGAUGUGGUAACUUCAAGGCCUCGUGUAUCAAAUAGCCUUCUGUUAGCAUCACAGACUAGCACUCCUCGGCUGACACCUCCUGGUUCUCCUCCCAUUUCUUCUGCAUCCGUGUCUCCUACGAGAACAUCUAAACCUGUUUCCCCAAAGCGUCAUUCAAUGUCAUUCUCUGUCUCAAGGGGGAUGUUUGAUAGGACCUCGAUGUAUUCGUCCGCUGGAAAUCACAGUUCAGUUUCAAGCCCUCAUGGAGGACCUCAUACUGGACGAACGCGAGUUGAUGGGAAAGAAUUCUUCCGCCAAGUGAGGAGCCGGUUGUCUUAUGAGCAGUUCAGUUCAUUCCUAACCAAUGUUAAAGAGUUGAAUGCCCACAAGCAAACAAAAGAGGAGACCCUUCGGAAGGCUGAUGAGAUAUUUGGCCCGGAUAACAAGGACCUCUUUACUAUAUUUGAAGGGUUGAUUACUCGUAAUGUCCACUAAAAAUGCCAUGAAUAUAAUGUACGUAGCAUUCAUAAGCACUGGUCUCGCACCUUGUCGGCUACUAUUUCAGCUUUGUAUCUAUUACAUAUAUUCAUUUUACUUCAAUGAAAUAAGUGUUAAAACUUCUAGCAUUAUUGUAGAGACCUUAGUCGAGAAUAAUUGAAUGAUAUUUCCCAGAAGAGUUGGAAUGAA